CCUGCCAGCUUUUCAGUGUGUUUCUGGAGCAGUUCGCGUGCGGCAGUGUUUUUGUGCAGUGUGUUGAGUGGCUAAAAGUGCUGGCUUGUUUAGAGAUUUACAAACAAUUUUUCGACCCCAUUCAAAGUGCAUAUAAGUUCUCCGAAAACUUCAAAGCAUCCCACACACACUGCAUCGGAACUUUAUUUGCAUUGCAAGCAACGUAUAUGUACAUUUAUAAACAGAUUUGGGGGGGCGUGGCAGUUCGGCGACGGACAAUGAACCCGCCCACGCAGGAAGGACAAUAAUUUUCAGACUGGAUUGGCAUGGGAUGUCAGUGGAGGAGCGGCAUGAGUUCGCCUUUUUGGAGCGAUGCCAGUUCUGGAAUCGGAGCGGCCCUAGAAUCCAAAACCACAUAACUCCACGGCGAUAAGUAACGAUAAGUUGGCAACAAUCGCCGGAAAUGGGCAGUCUGCCAAAUCUUCACGAGCUGGAGGAGGCGGAGCGCAAGCGGGAGAAGCGGCGGGAGUACGAGCUGUUGCUGGAGCAGCGGGCCCGCGACACCAGUCGGGAGCGAGAGCGACUCUCCGCUUUCGCCCAGCAGCGCAAGCAAUCUUCGUAUAAUGCUUAUAUAAUGGCUGGUCUGGGGAUUGGCGGAGGAGGAUCCUUGAGCCUCAAUGCAGCCGGGGUAACGGCCACCGGAAACGGAGAGCUUCCCAGUGGCAAUGGAACGAAUGCCGUUAAAUCGCAGAACCAGGCAAACCAGGGUACAGGAUCUGGGAUGGCGACCAGUACGGGUGCUCCGGUGGUCACCAGUGGUUUUGCUUUGCUCGGAAUGGGCAAAAAGUAUGCCCCACACUCGCACCACCAUCAGCAUCAGCACCACCAGCACCAUCAGCACCGCCAUUCGCUGACCACCAGGCACAGAGUGCUCCGGACCCGCAGUUCUGGCGGAGCCCAGAACGUCUGGGACGAGCAGAUGAUGGAGCAGCACUUGGCAACAUACUCGCCGUCGCCCAUUUCAACCCGGUCACAUCGCAUAAAUCCGGUAUCAUCGUACCAGGUGCAGGCUGCUCUGGCGGCCUCGCGUCGUCGGGAGUCGAUAAACAGCUCCAUUGGGGCCACCUCCAUCCGGCGGCUGAUAACGCUGAAUAACCGGAAUUGCCGGCACAAGGUGCCUGCCCAUGUGAGGCAGAAGGUGUGGCGUCAGUUUAGCUGCUUGAGCCUGGCCCACGGACUGAUGAACUGCGUCCUGCUGCCGGUGAUAGCGCUGCAAGGCUCCAAUGCGGUGUGGCACCAUCGGGAGCAGUGGUUGCCCCUUGGUCCCGAGAUUGGAUCCCUUCUACUCAGUGCUCUAUUCCUGGUGGCCGCUGGGAUGAGCCUGCCCAGCAUUCGACUGAUAAAACGAUAUGGCUAUGGGCCUCUUUUGGUGGCCAACUACAUGGCGGUGGUUCUCUUCCUCCUUUCGCAUCUGUACGCCUCCAUUUACACCCUUCUGCCGGCCUAUUUGCUGCUCGGCGUGACCAUAAGCGGAUCUGCUGGCUCCAAAGCGUCCCUGAUCGUCCACUUUGGCGGGAAGCUGAGCUGCUCCUGUGAGUCCCAGCCGUCCCAGGCGGCGGUGGAUGUUUUGCACGAAGAGCACAAGAUGUUCUGCAAUCGAGAUCAAAAGGUGAGACGUCUGGCCAGGUGGUUCAGGGUUUCCCAGGACCUGGGACUCAUCGGUGGAGCUCUGCUGGCCUCCAUUUUGCUGGCCUGCAGUGAUGGCGACUUUACGGGCGAUUGCUCGGGGCUGGUCUACUAUGGGAACGAGAGUUGGCCACCGCAACUGAGGGAUUUCUACAAUAGGAACGAGCAUGGCGACAGGAUCUGUGGUGCCGACAUGUGUCCCCUGAGGGUGCAAUCCCUGUUGGCAGGGGGAUGGGCCAAUGGCAGCUCCAUACCCAGUUCCAUCUAUGCUGGAUUCAUCGAAAGCGAGCCCCGGGUGGCCGGACAAUCGCUGCUGUGGCUGUAUGUCCUCUUCGCGGUGAUAUCCUUGGUCCUUUCCCUGGUGAUGAUGGUGGACAAGGUCCAGGCCACGAGCUCAUCGCGGCCGGAACGUUUGAGGGAUGUGAGCAUCACGGAUACCCUGCUGUUUGCCGGUCCCUUGGCUUAUUUUGUGGGUACGGAACAGGCCUACAUGUUGGGCGACUUCCUGAGGGCCUUCGUCACCUGCUCUUUGGGCAUCGGAAUGAUUGCCGGCGCCCUGAUUGGCAUGGGUCUUAUGCAGCUCAUCGUCUCCUGCACCCUGAGCAUGCUCCUGAGGCACGUCAAGAGGAUCGUCGUAAUUUUGGCCGGCUUCUUCUUUCACUCCUGCCUGCUGCUGGCCCUGUCCAGUUGGAAGCCCUCGAGCGACGACAGUGCCCUGUUCUACGUAAUUGCCGCCUCGUGGGGCGCCUGCAAUGGGAUGUGGGAGACCCUGCUGCUCUCACUGGUCACCCUCAACCAUGCCAGUCAUGUGACGGAGGUCCAGGCGCCCCUGCUGGCCCUUCGAUUCCUGGGCUUGGGCCUGACCUUCGCCGGACACGGCUUCCUCUGCGAAUCGAUGAAGAUCAUUGCCCUGGUCGUGCUCCUGGUGAUCAGUGUGCCGCCGUAUGCCACCCUGGAGAUCCGAUUGGAGGCGCAGCGCAAGGCGACGCUCGUCAGCUUAUGACGCAGCAUCUUCAGCUAGUCCCGACGGAUGCGACGGGAUGUUGUGGCCCGGACGCAUACCAUGUGACAUGUUCCGGACACGGAUUCGGAUGCGGACACACAGCCGCAGCCGGAUCUCCUCCAAUCGCAACCCGUCAGUAUUGAACGAGAGACACAUGUCAAACGACGCCAGAUGCGGGAUGCGGAUGCGGAUAGGGAUACAGUAUAGGUAUAGACAGAGAUAUCGGGGAUCUAUAAUCUUCAAACAUGUUGGUAGAGUAACUAAAAAGAUCCAGGAGCUUAAACUGAUAUAUUCCAGUAACCGAUAAACCCAAUCGGUUCUUGACUUCUGUCCGCUGGCCUAGAGUAUAAGACUAGUUCAUAAGUUUGAUCUAUACCCAUAUAUCUUCGAUAUGGGUGCAUUCUCAAUUCGUAGCAUUUGCCAGUGCCAGUAAUGUUGUUCCAUGUCUAUAACUUAUCUAUCAAAUAGAAAGAAACAAAGAGAAGGGGGAGAAGAGCUUUACGAGCCACAAUAAGCAUGUAAUGUAGCAUGUAGAACGUUAUAUAUGUACGCGUAUGUAUAUCCGAUCUGAGACGAUACGAUAUCAAUUGCUGUAUCUAGAUAUGUAUGUGUUUUGCCCUAAAAGGUUUUUCUGCCAUCAGUGUGUAUUUCAUAAAGCAUACACCUAAGCGUACUUCGUCUAUUCAAUUCGAAACUCCAAUUUGCAAUUCCCAAACCGAACCGAUUCGAUCCGGUCCAGAAUUAAUGUAUGUUAUGUAUGUGUUUAAUCGGUGUUAUGUGCAUUAUGUAGGUUUCGAGACCCUCCAAUUUCAACUACCUACAGGUAGACGGUAUACCUAUCCCGAUUCAGAUAAAGCCACUGCUAACUGUUAUGAUAACAAGGUGAAAUCCUAAGGUCUAAGGUCUAAAAACAACAAUGUUAACAUUUUGAGAAUUUUGAGAAUAACCAUUUUGUGACCGCUGACGAUUUCAUACAUCGGGCUAAGUAUUGCAUGUAUGUUGCUAGCCAUAUACUAUAUAUACACAUAGGCAUAGUAUAUAUUUUUUUCUUAGCAGCGGUUCCAUCUGAAUAUUGAAUAAAGCAAAUCGCAAACGAGUUAAACCGGGGAGACGAGAAGUCAAAAACGAUAGGAUCGAGUUAUACGUGUAUUGGAUGUGUAUUGUAUAUUGUAGGUGUCCAUCUCCAGAUCUAAUAAACAAUCCAAAACAAGUGUA